GUUAUUGAUGGCAACAGUGGGCGCAUAAUAACUGGUCCGACAGAACGAAACGUUCAGUCACUGAUUGCCCGCUACGCAGAACGCGUGUCGAUUGCGACGCGAGCCGGUAUUGCGCGGGAGCACUCACGAUAAACAGUUUUAAAACACAACAUAACCCUAUCCGAUACAUUUCGAACCCCAUCUAGUGAGUUACAGUGAAGGCCACAAACCAUUGGAUGAACAGUACUAUACCUACUGAAAGUGAAACUGAAACAUCAACGUGUGCAGAUACAUAUCUAAAGGAAGAAUGCUCACAAGACUGCUGACUUUAGCCUUGGUGGCAGGGAGCUGGCGCGUUGCUGAUGCUUGCACGUGUUCACUUGACCAUCCACAGACCCACUUUUGCAAUAGUGAUUUUGUUAUCGUCGGUCGAGUACAAAAAUUAUUCAGAGGAAGUGAUUUCUACGACGCCUACAAAGUGAAAAUCCGAAAUAUAUUCAAAGCAACACCAAAAGCUGCAGUAGCGCUCAAAGCAGGUCGACUACUGACCCCUUCACUCGACUCAUUAUGCGGAGUCACACUUCAGCCUAGAGAGACCUACGUUAUCACAGGUCGCGUAGUUCAGCUGCAGGCGCACAUACAGCUGUGCGGGUACGUGAACAAAUGGCGCGAAGUCACUCCACGACAGCGGAAGGGGUUCAGAUUGCUCUACAAACAAGGCUGCACGUGCAAGGUUCACAUGAACAGGCGUAGUACGAAAUCGCCGAACACUUGCGUGACCGGACGCAGUGCGACCGAAUGCUACGAGCGACACGGCAUUUGCCUGCACGACCGCGCGCGACGCUGCAGAUGGACGAGAGCCCCAGCCCUCACGAGGUGCCUGCAGAAGCAACAUUUCAACGGCACCAUGACUUGAUUCAUCAAACGAUUCGAUCUAAACUAAAUAUUAUUUUGUAACAAACAUUUGUAUAUCUCGACUCGACUCCAUUGAAAUUCCGGUUACCUAUUGUUACUACUAAUUUAUAGAAACACUAAGCCAAAAUCUUCAUCCUAACAUCUUGUAGGUUAGCUAUAGUUUCCUAGGAUAGUGGUACCGUCACAUAACGGCUGUUAUAUACCGUCGAAUGACUCACUUUAAUGUUAUCUAUUGAAACAAGAUGGUGUGAUUUCCACCAAGUGUUUUUGAGAUUUUAAAUUGGGUAUGGAAAAGUGGAAGGUAACAGACGCGGCGCCGUCAGCGAACGGCCUCGGCACUGCUUUCCUAGGAAAGCUUUAGUUCAAGUAAUGUUAUAAGUUCGUACCAGGACGAUUAAACUGAUUAAUAUUUAACUUUAGAAUUGAUCGCAGGAUUGUUUAAAGGAUUAAAGUUCUGGCUAGUCAAGGAGUUAUCUAACUAAUUAACUUUAUUAGAUGAACGUUGGGCAGAAAGCGUGUGGCUAUGACUAUUUCUAUGUGAGAAUGACGCAGUUCGACGAAAUUAUGUAAGACUUUAUAGUGACGAAUUUACUGAAAAUCAUUACCAGUUGUUAUAUUUUGGAAAAUAUUUUAGCGGUUCCAAAUUGUUGUUUUGCAUGGAUUGGACAGAAGUAAAUUUGACGUUAUUUUUUAUUAUUUAUUUUAAGUUAUAUUUAUGGAUAAGUUAAAUCUUGUAAAUUAACAAAAAUAGUGAUUUAAGUAAAUUACAAUAAAGACUUUGAAAAACCAA